AUGGUGCGCCCAAACACUCGUCCUAAAAAUGCGAACCAGCAUCCUGGUGAGAUCCUCCUCCAAAACAAGAGGAAAAGGUGCACCGCUCGUCAAAUCCAGGAAGACAAUGACCAAGCCAAGCAUGAGCGGCAGGAGAAAGAAGCCGCUGAUCAAUGCACCACCAAGAAGAUUGCGUCUAUUGAAGACAAGAAGGCGUUGAAGGACUUGAAGAUCCUUUUGCAUGCGCCAAAGCCUCAGCCUCGGGCGCGUCCUGUGUCGAAGUCGAAGGUGAGCCAGCUGAACAUUGAGGAUGACGAGGAGAUUGUAGAAGCAGCUGAGAUGGGGGAUGUCGAAAUGGAGGACGUUGCUGCAGGCGAUAAUGAUGGCGAUAAGGACUUUCAACCAAGUGAGGAGGAGAAUGAAGAGGUGCAGCCGAGGAAUAAGCGUGUCCAGAAGACAGCAUAUCGUGAGGCUGUCCAUGCUGAGCGAAAUGUUAAUAAUACAGGCAUCAACAUGACUCACAAUCAGAAUUCGAAGGUCGAUAUAUCAGAUCAGGCUGAUCCAACGGCACGUGGUGACCAGAAAGGCAAGAAAGGAGUUGCGGAUGUCUGCACAGCCAAGGAUGACUAUGCGGGGAUGGGAAAAACAAAGGACUGGGCUGAGAAACUUGCAACAAGCAAGUUGCUCCGCCCUCAACUUGAAAAUCUUCGCACUGAAUCACACAGACGCGUGUCCUCAGUCACCACCUCGACUGCCGUUUCAAAGAUCUCAAAAUUGACUAGUGCCAGCGCUAAUCCCACUGGCAGCCCGCACCCCACAAACAAUGUUCAAGGCAAUCUUGAAGAACCUACCACAGUGUUUCUGGACGAGGACAAUUCACUUGAGCGUGAGGCUGCUUUCAAGGCUACCAAAAAGCCUGGUGCCAGGCAUACAACUUCUGCGGAUAUAUUGGAAGUCAGUGAUAACAGUUUAUCACCGCCUCCAUCGCGACCAAAGAAACGCUCACCAAUAAUGGCAAGGACCGAGUCCUUCUCCUCCCCCCCUCCUCGUGCCCCCCCUUCUACGCAACCAUCCAGAGCCACCGCCAGACCGGCGUCAGCAUCAAUAGCCAGCCCCCCCCUUCGAAACGAAGCAAAGACAGAGCCACAGAGCAAGAGUGUCACGUCACGCCACAAUGGCAGUGGCGCCAAUCACCGGUACCAGAAUGAUGACCUUCCUGAGGGAUGCCAGGAUGGUAAUACCUGGCGCCGGGUGUUCAUACCAACUGUCGCACACUGGGCUGGUGGAGAAGUUGAGCCUUGGGGUCCUGAAGACGAAGAUUUAAGGGACGCCAUGCAGGAGAUCUGGAACUACAUAUACCGGGGUAAGAUUCAGCAUGAGAUCUCCAGAUCUGGUGCCGUUUUAAAAGUGGCCAAACAACGCCUUAUGGAAUGGCUGUGGAGGGACGCUGAUUUUUUGGAUCCUGCGGCUCGCGAGGACUUUUCAAGGGCCAUGCUGAAGCAUAACCGGUUCAUUUUCAGGGAUAAUUCAGGACUCGUUCCCAAGGACUGGACGGGUAUGUGGAGAUCCCCCUUCGUACUUCAGACAUUCGCAUCACACCUCAAUUUCACCUUCGGCCGUGUUGAAGUCCCCGACCUUGACACCGAGAGCAUUAGUGCGCGGGCUGCAUUUGCCCUCGCUGUUACUGCUGUUUAUCGUACUCUUCAGCUCAUCAUUGAUGGGAACCUCACCUUCGAAGUCAUUCAAGAAUCCCGCAGCAAACGCAAAGGUGCGAAGACCGACGGCGGCGAUAUCUGGACCCCCAUCAUCGCGAAGGGCGAGCAGUUUGCUUUCAGCAAACCUAUCUGGGGGCACAUGACCAUCAAACUCAUGGGCCCCAUCGUGGCGCUUUCCGACGAUGCCUUUGCGAGCAUUAUUGCGGAGGCACAACAGUAUGCCAAGCACGCGAAAAGUAUCGGGAACUCGAGGACUACCACCAGUGACGCGCCUGACGAGGAUGACGUGUUCACUGACCUAUUUGCAUUCCGUUGA